GUCAGUCUUAUUGGUGAUUAGAUCAGUGUUUUGAUGAUGAGGAUGUUUUUUCGUGUUUUCUCCAAUAGGAUUCUAGUUCUUGUGUUUUUUAACUGUUCAUUUUUUUUCAAUUGUAACGCCAAUGUGAAUUUCAAUGCUAGUCUCCGGGAUUAUUCACAGCAGGAGCAUAUUAAUACUACAAAUAUUAAAACAUUACAAAAGGAAGACUUUGCAAAGCACACCCACUUCGCACCAAUGCGUAAUGUGCCGCAACCACAAUACAGGGAAAUCCAAGAUAAUGUGUUAUCUGGUUCUGCUUACAGUCACGGGGCCACACAUCAUGAGAUUCCAGCAACGUACGGAGUCCACGAUUUCGAAGAGUCACACUACGGCCAUUUAGGCCACGGUCAAUAUAACCAUAUUGGUCCGAGUUUCGAGCACCACGGCGGUGGCUACGACCACAUCGAGCCGGGGUUGGCCCACCACGGGUUCGACCACCACGGGUUGGACCACCACGGGUUGGACCACCACGCCCACGGACACCACUUGGGCUUCGGGUAUGGCCAUGGCCAUCACCACAAACAUAUCGACCAUGCGUUGUCAGCAAAAGCGAUCCUGCUGCCAGUGGCCGGGCUGGCCAUCCUGGGCGCAGCCGCGGCUCUGGUCAGCAACCCGGUGCUGCUGCAACUCGGAGUGGUUUCCGGACGAAAACGACGCGACACCACCGGCCUUGGGGACGAGCAAGACACCACAAACUGGAUCCACAAACCUGAUUUCCGAACGCAGCCAGAAAUUGCAAACAGGAAAGACUGGGACACCGAGACCGCUUGGGGCAAUGGGAGGUUUCAAAAAGCGUCGUUGGAUAAGAAGAAUGGAUUGAACAAAAAGCCAUUGUUGAAAGGACUUCCUAUAAGACAAUCCGCUAUUGAAGCUGUCUCGUUGGAUGCACAGGGUUACGACAGUAUUUCGGAUUCGGAUGUCAAUUUUGUGCCGGUACCUUUAAAAUUUACGAAAGGUUACCGAAAGCAUGUUCCGUAA